AUGAUGCACUGGUUGACGUCCUUCGUGACGUCCUUUACGGGCUACUUGGCCCCCAUCUUCCUCAUCAUGUCGCCCGUCCUCUCCUACAGCGACCAGGCCUUGUCGAUGCACCGAAAUAAAUCGAGCGCCGGAUUCUCACUGGACAUCCCGUUGAUCAUGCUGGUCGCCUCUCUGUUAAAGAUCUUCUACUGGCCCGGCUCGCGAUUCGAUACGGCCCUGCUCAUCCAGGCCAUCCUGAUGAUUGUGAUGCAGGUCAUCCUGCUCAAGGUUGCUCUGGAUCACCGCCUGCCACCUUCCUCCAAGGGCGGAGAGGCUGCGACGCCAUUCGCAAACGUCAACGACGGCCCAGUCUUUGGCGCCCAGAGACCCUACCACUUCUGGCAGUGGAGGUCGCCCAAGCCAUACUGGCAAUUCCUGCUGUACUUCUUCAUUGCCCUGACCGUAUGCGAACUGGUUUUGGCGCCGGUGCGCCCCGUCUACCAAACCUACUCCAUGUUGAUCGGCUACAUUGGUCUCUCGGUCGAGGCCACGCUGCCCCUCCCUCAAAUCUUCGCCAACGCGCGGUCGCAAUCUUGCAAGGGCUUCCGCUUGUCUGUCCUCGCAAGCUGGCUGAUUGGUGAUGCUAUGAAGAUGUUCUGGUUCUUCACCUCCACGACGGAGAUUCCCUGGGCCUUCAAGCUGUGCGGCAUGUUCCAGGCCUGCUGCGACUCGUUCCUCGGUGUGCAAUAUCUCAUGUACGGCGACGGUCAGAAGGGCGAGAUCAAGGAGCACCCGAUGGCCAACUACCCUCAAUACCCGAACGGUGUUUACAAGCCACCUCUGCCCGAGCACGUUAGCGGCCGCGUCACCCCCACGGGCCGGAGAACGUCUUCGCCAUACGGUAAGGAGCUUCAAUAA